AUGAACCCAUAUCUGUAAAGAUGGCUACCACUAUUUCGUUUAUAAUAUCAUUCUGUGUUAUUAUUACAUUACUUCAUACUCGGGUUUUUUCAGUGAAAAGUGGACCACCUUAUGUGCGUUUUGUCCAUGUAUUAUUUAUGAAUCAUUUAGAUGUUGGGUACAAUGGCAUUCCACAGACAGGAUUUAUCAAUAAUAUAUUGAAUACUUAUUUCCAUGAAUACUUUCCUCGUGCUGUGAACCUGUCACGAGAACUGAGAGAUAAACAAUACCAGGAAAGGUUUAUAUACACAACACACCCUUGGCUUGUUAGUUUGUAUGUAGAUUGUCCACAAGGCUUCACAUUAAAUAAUAUUACAUUAAAGUGUCCAUCUGAUCAGGACCUAAAAGCAUUCAAAGACGCUGUUACCAUAUAUGGGGAUAUAACAUGGCAUGCUGGACCAAUGAACAUGCAGAUGGAGAAUAUGAAUGAAAUUUUAUUAGGACUAAGUUUAAACAUCAGUAGUGAUUUGGAUGAAAUGUUUAAUUUAACAAGAAAAUAUAGGACGCUAAGUCAACGAGAUGUCCCAGGUAUGACACAAGCAAUUAUACCUACAUUGGUCGAGAAAGGAAUACAAGCCGUCUCUGUUGGUGUGAACCCUGGAACCAGUCCACCAGCAGUGCCAAAUCUAUUCAGGUGGCAAUUUGAAGAGAAAGAAGUACUAGGAACAUGGCAUGCAGGAGGAUAUCCACUAAACCCUGGUCCAGAUCCUGCCCAUCCCGGAGGACUCUCACGAAAAGAUUGUGUGGUAGUUGAGAAUGUUACAGAAGCUUUGUGUUUCGCCUUCAGAACAGACAACAGUGGCCCCCCUGAAAAUAUUGAAGAAAUCUUGAACUACUUCGAAAUACUACGUUUACAGUUUCCAGGUGCUGAAAUUGAUGCUUCAACAUUUGAAGAUUAUAUUGAAGCAAUACAACCAAUCAAGAAUCAACUACCAGUUUUGACACAAGAAAUUGGAGAUACUUGGAUUCAAGGAAUCUCUUCAGAUCCCCAUAAGCUUACUUUCCAAAGAGCGUUUCAAACAGGACUUGAACUUUGUUUUCAUUCAAAUGAAUGUAAUUAUACAGACCCUAGGAUAAAAGAUGCAGUUAGGUUUCUUGUCAAAGUACCCGAGCAUACAUGGGGUCUUCCAAGUGUUAAAGACAACACCAACUGGACAAAUGUUGCGUUUCAAAAAGCAUUGACAGGUUCAAACUACAGAAAUUGUGUAAUGGCAUGGCAAGAACAGCGAGAAUUCUUACACAUGGCAUUAGAUAAAUUAGGCAACCAUCCACUUGCCGAUAUUGUAGAAUAUCUAUUGUCCGAAACUAAUCCAGUAGACCCUGAUGUUGGAGAAUACCAAAUUCAAAACAUCACUUCAAUUUUAAGCAGAGACUUUGAAUGUGAACAGGGAAUGAAGAUAGGCUUCAAUGGUGAUGGAUCUUUAAGAACUUUGUAUGAUCCUUUUAACAAAGUUAAUUGGGCAUCAAAUGCCUCUAACCCAAUGGGAGCUAUACUAUAUAACACGUAUAAUGAAUCAGAUUUUAAUUAUAUGUCAUCAUUGUAUAAUUACUACGGAGGGGCAGGAUAUGAUAAACCUAAUUCUACUAAGAAUGCAAAUCCAGAGUCUAAACUUUGGAAGACUAAAUUAAACAGAAUGUGGAGAUUAGACCAAGAUUCGUGUAGAUUUGUGCUAGAACUUGUGAUGAAAAAUGCGACUGCAAAUACAUCUUAUGGUGCCCCACAGACCAUUAUAGUAGAAUAUAAUGAACGACAGUCAGACGAAACUUCUCCUGCCGGCUUUGAGGCAAGAGUUAUUUUAAAGAACAAGACACCAAGCCGUCUAGCGGAAUCAAUUUCUUACUACUUCAGUCCAGCAGUACAAACAUCAAACCUUAAGUGGUAUUUGUCAAAAGUCGGUCAUCUCGUUGAUCCUUCAAAUGUCAUUCAAAAUGGAAGUCAAUAUGUUCACGCUGUUGAUAAUGGGGCAUAUUAUAUUGACGAGUCAGGAAAUGGUCUUCAGUUAAUAACUAAAGAUGCACCUUUAGUUGUUAUAGGGACAAAAACGAAGCAUCCUUCACCAUUUCCUGUACCACUUGAACCAAUUACCGUUGAUGACAUAAAAGGCAUUGGGUUUAACAUCUACAAUAAUAUAUGGAAUACAAACUAUGUUUUGUGGUAUCCGUAUGAUGAAAAUGAUUACGACAAAUCUAUACAGACACGAUAUUCAAUUGAUUUUAUGGUAAGGUAAAGC